GACUGUUUACACUACCGACCGAAGCUAUCGGUGACGCCUGCGCUACCGUUACCGGUAAUGGUUGGUGGGUAAUAGUCCAAGUAAUGGUGGUGAAAAACACCUGCAUAACCAAACAAUCAAUCGGCGUCAGCCCUUCAUUAUCCAUCGUGGGAGAAGUUCACUUCGUUGCUCUGACACGUGAAUGAUAGGUGCACGGAGCCCACGCGGUAGAGCCGGCUGGAAUCGAGUCGCUGCCGGCCGCGUGGCGCCGCAGUGCCCACUACGAUGGCGCUGAAAACUGUGGUCGGUCAGAAGAUCCUGGAGCUGGUGAGGGCAGCCAGAAGGCCGAGCGGCGCGCCCGACUGGCGUGUGCUGAUCGUGGACGAGCUGUGCAUGCGCAUGGUGUCUGCGUGCUGCAAGAUGCACGACCUGGCCCAGGAGGGCGUCACCAUCGUGGAAGACCUGCGGAAGCGCCGCGAGCCGCUGCCGCACCUGGAGGCCGUCUACCUGGUGCAGCCGACUGAGCGUUCGGUACGCGCCCUGCUGGCUGACUGGAGCACCGGCGGCCGGCCCAUGUACCGCGCCGCGCACAUCCUCUUCUCGGAGCCGUGUCCGGACGGCCUGUUCGAGCUGCUGGCCGGCGCCGGCGUGUCGCGCCACGUGCGAACCCUGAAGGAGGUGAACAUGGCGUUCGUGCCGCUGGAGGCGCUGCUGUACUCGCUGGACGCGCCGCGCACCCUGCCGGCCGUGCUGUCGGGCGGCGGCGGCGCCCAGCUGGAGCGUCUGGCCGAGCAGCUGGCCACACUGUGCGCCACGCUCGGCGAGUACCCGGCCGUCCGCUACCGAGACCACUGUGCGCACAACGAGCAGCUGGCGCGCCUGCUGCAGGCGCGACUGGACGCCCACAAGGCGGACGAGCCCACCAUGGGACAGGGCGCCGAAAAGGCGCGCUCUCAGCUGCUGAUCCUGGACCGCGGCUUCGACGCCGUGUCGCCGCUGCUGCACGAGCUCACCCUGCAGGCCAUGGCCUACGACCUGCUGCCCAUCGAGAACGACGUCUACAAGUACGAGGCCAGCAAGGGCGACGGCCUGAAGGAGGUGCUGCUGGACGACAAUGACGACCUGUGGGUGGAGCUGCGCCACCAGCACAUCGCCGUCGUCUCACAGCAGGUCACUAAGAACAUGAAGAAGUUCGUGGAGACCAAGCGCGGCAUGUCGACGGACAAGGCGUCGAUGCGCGACCUGGGCCAGCUCAUCAAACGGAUGCCGCAGUACCAGCAGGAGCUGAGCAAGUACUCGACGCAUCUGCACCUGGCUGAGGAGUGCAUGAAAGGAUACACCGGUCGCGUCGACAAACUCUGCAAGGUGGAACAGGACUUGGCCAUGGGCACCGAUACGGAAGGCGAGAAGAUCCGCGACCACAUGCGCAACAUCGUGCCCAUCCUGCUGGACCAGAACGUCACCACGUACGACAAGAUCCGGAUCAUCCUGCUCUACAUCCUGGCCAAGAACGGCAUCAGCGAGGAGAACCUCAACAAGCUGGUGCAGCACGCGCAGAUCCCGGCCGCCGAGCGUGACAUCAUCACCAACCUGGCCAAACUGGGCCUGGAGGUGGUGGUCGAGGGACAGCACCGGCGCAAAAUACCGCAGGUGGCGCGCAAGGAGCGCGUCUCGGAGCACACCUACCAGACGUCCCGCUGGACGCCCGUCAUCAAAGACAUCAUGGAGGACGCCAUCGAGCUGAAACUGGACGAGCGCCAGUUUCCGUUCCUGGCCGGCCGGGCGGCGCAGACUGGCUACCCGCGCGCCACGCCCACCACGGCCCGCUACGGCCACUGGCACAAGGACAAGGGCACGCCGGCGGCGCGCUCCGUGCCGCGGCUCAUCGUCUUCGUGCUGGGCGGCGUCUGCUACAGCGAGAUCCGCACCGCAUACGAGGUGACGGCGGCACUGAAGAACUGGGAGGUGCUGAUUGGCAGCGAGCAGCUGCUCACACCGGAGAGUUUCCUGGGCAGCCUGGCUGGGCUGGGCGGCCCGGCCGAGUGACCGCGCUGCCGCUGCGGGGGCCCGGGGCAGGAGCCGGCCAGGCCGGCCGAUCCCGGCGCCGGUAUCAUUAGCCAUUACUGAUAUCAGGUGCAGCUGGCGGCUGACGGAGCUGCCCGCGAUUGACCUGGUGAUUCAGCGGCCUCCGCGGUCGCUCUUUGUGCGGCGAGUGGUGAUUGUUACGCCGUAUGGAAUUCUCCGACACGGCGGUGAGCUUCCGCAGCCUAAGAGCUGCCGUGCUGCUGUCGCAUAAAGUUCCAGUUGCUGCGCGUGCCUUCCUGUACGUAUAAUGGAUGUGUCUAUGGAGGCUGGAUGGGGCGGGCGGGCUGUCCCGGGGGCGGUGGGUACUGGCUGAGGGUACCCGCCGCCGUGCCGAGGCGCUGAGGGCUGGGACAGCCUGCCCCCGCCGGCGGUGACACGCCCGUCCGCGCCACGCGACCCGUCCGGCGGAGCGGCGCCUUCCACUAUCGAGAUUACAGGGCUGUUUAGCGGGGCGGGCGGGGCGCUGGUGAGCAGCGCCCCAUUCCACAGGUUCGGCUGUUAUAUUGGCCGGACGGCCGCUUCCGUGCUUAUGCGCUGAUCAGAUUAUCAUAUACAAGUGCGUCUUACUGCGGCUGCACGUCUGUGAUUGUUGUUCCGGUUGUUGCUCCUGAUGGCGGCUGAGUGCCGUGUGGCGCCGGCAGCCAAACUUGGGAGGCCGCCGGCAGUGGAGGUGGCGCCUGCCAGCCCCUGUGUUCCCAGCGUAGCGGGCAGUAUAUCUGGCGCACUGUUUGAGCGCGCCGCCGACUGCGGACCAUAUACAUUAUACAUACAUAUAUGUAUAUAUAUGUUACAGGGAGUUUGAGAAAUCCGUGAGUUUGCAAACUCCCUAGGGAGUUUGCAAACUCCCUGACCCAUCAGUGAGUUUGCAAACUCACUAGGGAGUUUACAAAUUCACUAGGGAGUUUGCAAACUCACUGACCGGUCAGGGAGUUUGAGAAAUUCCAGAGCGAUUGGGCCAAAUAAAAUCAAGUGUGUAAGAUGAUGGUGGCAUACGUGCCGUCAGUGAUGUUAAAACAAAGGCGGCUAGUGGUACGGCCUAUAUAAUUGCAAGCUGACAAAAAGCUUACAGAUCCUUAAUUGUUUUACCGGAAAAAAAUGCUACUCGCGGCUAUGUAA